AUGCCUCUUGCACGACAAUCGAUCCGUUUCACCUUUCUCGGGUGUGGAUUUAUUGGAAGCUCCAUUUUAAGAGCUCUCCUUCCAUCGAUCAAGCAUGCUGGUAGCCCUAUUUCUAAAGUCACCAUUGCCUUGAAUAACGAAGAUGUUCAAGAACGACUCCGCGAGAGCUUCCGAGGCAAAUUGGACCCUGCCACAUUUUUGAGUCGGCAGAAUGUGAAAGCAGUGAAGGACUCCGAUGCUGUUCUUUUGGCGUUACCACCGGAGAACUUUCAUGAAGUUCUAAGCGAGAGUGGAAUGAGAGAGGCUCUACAGCGGAAGACGAUUAUAAGCAUCUUGGCCCGUACAACAAGAGAUGAGAUCUCAAAUAUUCUGCAGAGCCAUGGGAAUUUCCAGUAUUCUCCAAACAAUAAACCUCGCAUUAUUCGCGCAAUGCCGACGAUGGGUGCUCAGUUAAAGGAGUCGGCAACUCUCAUUUCAGAUAUUCGCAGUCCUGCUGAACAAGAAGCAAUGGAGCUAGCAACAUGGAUAUUUAGUACGAUCGGUAAGGUAUUCAACGUCACUGACGGCUAUUUCGAUGAAGCGACCGGCAUGAGUGCUUUCACUAAUGCAGUGACGACGGUCACUGUAAAUGCGAUCGCUCGACAGGCCGUAUCUUCAGGCGUCCCGGAGGAUCAUGCUAUAUCUAUUGCGUCUCAGUGCGUUCGGGGAACUGCUAGCUUGAUGUUGGCAGGUAUUAGUCCUGAAAAGCUACAGGAAUCUUUAUCGGCGCCGGGGAGCAUUACUGGCCAAGCAAUCUCCAGCCUCCAAGCCAGUACCUUACCAUACACUCUUCAGAAUGUACUUUCGACGGCUCUUGAAAGAGCAAGCGAUCACUCAAAGUGA